GUUACUGAUGAGUCUCAUCUCCUUUUACUCCAUCCAGCGGACCAGCCUAUGACUCUGUUCUCGAUUCUAAUAACGUAUGAGCCCCCCAUUCACCACCUCCUGCACAGGAUUGCUAUAUUUUCACACACACCCAAAUGCUUGACCAUAUUUUCUCAUCUCAAUCACAGUCUCUCAUCAAUUCCUAGCUCAUCUUUGGACUCUCAAUUCAAUGCUCAAUCUCCAACAAAUCAGGGACCUCAGGAUUCAAUACAUGAUCCAGCAAAAAUCAUUGCGACCCAAGUGUCAAAUUGCAGAAACUUGCUGGAACUGAAUCAGGUUUAUGCACAGAUUGUACGAACCCAACUCCUAGAAUUGUACCCUGCACCCUUUCAUUGGAACAACAUUAUAAGAUCGUACACUAGGCUAGAUGAUCCGGAUAAAGCGCUGUGUGUCUAUGUUGCCAUGUCACGAGCCGGUCUCUUGCCCGAUUCCUAUACGCUUCCAAUCGUCUUAAAAUGUGUGUGUCAGUUUCUUGCCAUUGAGUUUGGUCGACAGCUUCAUUCGCUGGCCAUAAGGAUCGGGUUGGAGUCCAACGAGUACUGUGAGAGUGGGUUCAUUAACCUGUAUUCGAAGGUGGGUGAGUUCGGAAAUGCGAGAAAGGUGUUUGAGCAAAAUCGUGAUAGAAAGUUGGGUUCUUGGAAUGCAAUCAUUGGAGGUCUUUCUCAAGGUGGGCUAGCCAAGGAAGCCAUAGGCAUGUUCCUGGAGCUAAGAAAAUGUGGGUUUCUGCCGGAUGAUGUGACUAUGCUUAGUGUAAUAUCGGCUAGUGGAAGUCUUGGGGACUUGGACUUGGCUCUUCAACUGCAUAAAUGUGCUUUCCAAGCCAUGCCCAUUGAAAAACCGGACAUUUUGCUGUCAAAUUCGCUUAUAGACAUGUAUGGAAAGUGUGGCCGGACGGACUUGGCAUAUAAAGUAUUUUCAAGGAUGGAAGAAAGAAAUGUAUCAUCGUGGACAUCCAUGAUUGUGGGUUAUGCGAUGCAUGGGCCCGUAAAUGAAGCACUAGAUUGCUUUCAAUGCAUGAGAGAGGCUGGAGUGAAGCCGAACCAUGUGACUUUUGUUGGGGUACUUAGCGCGUGUGUGCAUGGUGGGGCUGUGCAAGAGGGAAAAUAUUACUUCCAUAUGAUGAAGAAUGCUUAUGGGAUAAUGCCCCAGUUACAACAUUAUGGGUGCAUGGUCGAUUUGCUUGGUAGAGCGGGGUUGUUUGAGGAGGCCAGAGAAAUAAUAUUGGGGAUGCCGAUGAAGGCAAAUUCAAUAAUAUGGGGGUGUUUGAUGGGUGCUUGUGAGAAGUAUGGGAAUGUGAAAAUGGGGGAGUGGGUGGCUAAGCAUUUACAAGAAUUGGAACCUUGGAAUGAUGGGGUUUAUGUGGUUUUAUCAAAUAUUUAUGCCAGCAGAGGUUUGUGGAAAGAGGUUGAGAUGGUAAGAGAGGUUAUGAAGCAGAGCAGUCUUGCUAAGAUUCCUGGCUAUAGCUUGGCAACGAAUUCAAAGUGAAAGCCAAGAAAUUUUGUCUUAUAAGUUGGAGUUCUUCCUAUUCAGUGCAGUUGUAUUCAAUUUGCAAAACAUUUAAUUUAUAACAAUUUACGCACUCAAAUUGUAACAGUUCUGAGUUAAUUAAUGCAUGAUCUUUUUCUUAUUAUUUAUUUUUCCUCAACUAAUAAAAAAACAUAAUGCAAAUGGGAUUAUGGUUAAGCCGUGCUUAACUCAAAUUAAUUGUAUUGUGGAUACAACAUUUGUCAUAAAUGAGUUUGUUAACAUGAGGAAAAACCACAGAAUCUGUUCCCCCCCCCCCC